AUGUUGAAGCAUUGUCGUCAAGUUUCAGUAGACGAUGUUACAAAUGAGCAGCAGAAGUGUUCAAAUGGUGGUGGUGGUCAUCGUCUGCGAAGAAGCCAUCAGCCAUCCAGGUUCAGCAUAGUAAAACCUGGAUGUGUGGAAACCUGGCUCGAAAAUAUUCCACCUCAUUGUCGUGGUAGUGGUCCUGGACAUGAUGGUCUUGUAGACCAGUUACUGGACGGAACUGCUCAGCACCAGGCUACCGGCGUAUCGCCAGUUAAUCAACAUCACAUGAGUUUAAGCGACACAGCCGCAUACAACGAGUCAGAUCCGGACAGUCUACCAAUGGGUCCGGCAUUCCGAUCUGCAAAACCAAGAUACAGUUUCAAUUCUGCCAUGGAGGGCGAGGAGUGUGUGUCAAAUGGGUCCCAUCACGAGUUCCAACGCCAACCGCGUCGCAAAACUCGAGAGAAUCGAUAUGACGCCAAGCCAUCGACUUCUGAGAGCAGGUGUGACAGUGACAAUCGUACGCGCAACCCCCGAGAGAAUCACAAAGCUCGCCAACGGCACAAACUGCGCUCUGGAAAGGAAAUAAUGAAGAACUUCGCCUCAGCUGCAGUAAGGACGGAACGUGUCAUCAUGAAACCUCAUGUGGCGGAUAACCGGCUGCCUAAUGCUGGGGACGGGAGUGAUAUUGCAUUGGGGGAUCUGUCGUUUCACAACUUUGAGUUGGGAUGCAGAAACUCUAAAACCAAGAGAAUGUUUGACGAUUCAGAUAUUGAUGGAGCUUCUAAAAGAACAGCCCAUGCACAAGCCGGUUCGAUUAUGGGUCAGCCAACUGCCGAAACUACGAACGAGGUCAUGGCUUCAGAUACAGAACCGAGUAGCAGUGGUUGUCCCGGUGUCUUGGGUCACAUUUCCAGGAUGUCUAACGUGGGGAGAAUGUUCACAGCAAGGGAGCCGGAUGGUAACUCUGCAGCCGAUUUAGAGGGAACAACGUCUCCAAAGGUUGGAAUCCCAAGAAAGCGGGAGUUGACCAGUUCAGUUAGGCACAAAAGUCAGCACAGACCUGGCGCACAACCUUGUUCAUGCUCAAGAAAAGACCGUUCACCUUCAGUAAUCGGAGAACCACGUCUUGGCCAAUCUUACUCUGGCACAGAGCCUGUGAGGAACAUAGAUACCAAUUAUAUCUCGCAGGCCGGGCUUUACAGCGAUUCCAAUAGCCCAAGGUUUCGUUUUCCCGCAGGUUGCCAGACUUCUCUCAUCCAAUCAAAUUACGGGAGCAACCCGGCGCAACGCAAGUAUCAUGAAUUCCAUGAUGACAACUCCGUGGUCAAUGAAUCACUCAGGUUGGACUUCGAAGACCCAAAAGAUGUAGAUACAUUACAUGAAACGCUGCGACUACAAUCGUCCAUGAAUCAGCGUCCAGUUCUUCAAGUCAAGUCUGACUUUGAUCACACAGCCCGAUACUGUGUGUGUGCGGAUGACCAGCUGAACCCCAAACGCGAUUUUGAGGAGGAUUCAGCGCAACCCCUUCGGACAACCACCGUCAAUCCGAUGAACAGAGAUCAUGCAGAGAAAGUAGUAGUACCGCCGCUCAGUGGACUGGCCCGUGGUCAGCCUGGCCGCAACACUGCCUUCAGGACCAAGGCGCAGUUCGACAUGGAUCAACCUCCUGAUUUACAUGGAUUCGAAAGCCCCGAACCAGUACAGAGUCAGCAGAGUCCUCUUCCUCACGACUGCGGCAAACUACCGAGAGAGCAGCUCUCAAAAGACUCUUUGCCUCCGGAUCAUUGGUCAAGAUUCGGGCAGGACAACAGCCCGCAUAUAUACCCAGACACCAAGGGUCGUUUCGACAAAGCGCAGGGCUGUAUCGGUGAGGGGUUUACUUUGCAGGAUAACAGUACACAAAACUACUGUAACACUGGCAAUGAAAAAAUCCGCCCAGGAUACUUGGACGAUAGGCCGUUGGUGGAUUUUGGAGGUACAAUGCCCGGCGGAGAGGCGCAAGAAGCUGCGUCCUCAACUCAAGGGCGAGUGUCCUUGUCAAGAGCGGGAUCAACGGGGUUUCCAGAGUCGAGCGAAGCACACAUACCUUCUUGGAUGGUAGAAAAUCACGACUGGACUGUCAAUGGCGAUGAAAUUGAUGAUUUGGGCAUGGCAUCUUUCUGGAGUCCGCAUUACUUGGUUUAA